AUGUCCGACACAGACCAGCAUCGUACAAAAGAGCAACCGUCUGCUCGCGACACCGAGAAUAACAUACCGCCAGCCGAAGAACCCAUCAAGAAGGACAAUGUCUCGGCGUUCAAGUCGCUCGGCUGGCUCGACCGCUUCCUCGCGGUAUGGAUUCUUCUCGCCAUGGUCGUUGGUAUCUUACUGGGCAACUUCGUCCCCUCGACCGGUCCAGCUUUGGAAAAGGGAAAGUUUGUUGGUGUCUCGGUGCCCAUAGCGGUUGGUCUGCUCGUCAUGAUGUACCCCAUCCUCUGCAAAGUCCGAUACGAGAGCCUCCACGAAAUCUUCUCCCAACGCGAUGUCUGGAAGCAAAUACUCUUCAGUAUAGUCAUCAACUGGAUUGUUGCGCCUUUCUUGAUGCUCGGCCUGGCAUGGGCGUUCCUCCCAGACAAGCCCGAACUUCGCAUUGGUCUCAUUCUGGUAGGUCUUGCACGGUGCAUCGCCAUGGUAUUGAUCUGGAACGGCCUCGCUGGUGGCGAUAGCGAGUACUGCGCUAUCCUCGUGGCUAUAAACUCGAUCCUGCAGAUGGCUCUCUAUGCGCCCAUGUCUGUCUUCUUCAUCCGGGUCAUCAGUGGAGAGAAGGGCUCUCUCGAUGUGUCGUACUCGACUGUCGCCACCAGCGUGGCAGUCUUUCUCGGCAUCCCUCUCGCAGCAGCCAUCAUUACUCGCUUCUCCCUGCGCAAGAUGGUCGGACCCGAGUGGUAUGAGCGAGUCUUCCUGCGCAUCAUUUCCCCCUGGUCUCUUAUCGGUCUGUUGUAUACCAUCCUCAUCCUCUUUGCCUCGCAGGGCCAUCAAGUGGUUCAUCAGAUUGUAUCAGUGGUGCGCGUCGCUGCACCUCUCAUCGUCUACUUCAUCAUCAUUUUCUUUGCGACGCUUCUCGUAUCCCGACGCGCUGGGUUCGGGUACCCGCUCUCGACAACACAAAGCUUUACAGCCGCGAGCAACAAUUUCGAGCUUGCCAUAGCGGUGGCAAUCACCACAUAUGGACCCAGCAGUGACCAGGCACUUGCGGCAACAGUUGGGCCGCUGAUCGAGGUUCCGGUGCUUCUGGGGUUGGUGUAUCUCCUUCGUUGGGUCUCAGAUAGGUGGAACUGGAGGGUCUGA